AGCAAGUCAUGGCUAAGUUUAGAAGUAACAGUGCUAAGAAAAAGAACGGCAUUGUAAGGCUUAAGAUUGUUGUAGAGAAGCUGCAAAAGAGCCUUUCAUUGGGGAAGAAAUCAGCUUCUGACUAUGACGAUCUUGAAGAGGCUAUUGACUCAGCAUAUGUGCCACCUGAUGUCAAGGAAGGACACUUUGCAGUGAUUGCAGUGGAUGGCCAGGAACCUAAGAGAUUUGUGGUUCCACUCAAUUUUCUUACUCACCCACCAUUCUUGAGGCUUUUGGAGCAAGCAGCUGAGGAAUAUGGUUUUGACCAUGAGGGUGCAUUAACAAUCCCUUGUCGGCCCAGCGAGCUUGAGAGGUUACUGGCUGAGCAAUGGCAGCCGGAGAGAGAUCCUAGCGUUGGUGUCAACUGGGAUUCCUGUAAAACCUUGGUUAAGAGCUGUUAGGUCUGGAGGAGCAUGCAUGCUGCUUUGAUUCCAUUCCUUGAUGGGAAUCUUUUUCCAUGUUCCUGUAUUCAGCCCUCUCCCUUGUUUCAUCUAUCAGAAACUUGUUAUCCUUCUGCAACGUACUUGUUUAUUUUUGGGUUGUUAUUAUAGCUUAUUCCUAAUCUGGAAAUAAACAACUUUUCUCUUA